UGCCCCCGAUGCGGUCAAGAACGGGGAUAUCAAGAACCACUUUGGUCGCAAGGUCGCCAUUGAUGCGUACGUCUACACGAACCGAGAAGGACACCCCCCCUUCCCUCGCCGAGCGAAGAUCUCCACUGACCCCCCACCAGGUCGAUGAGUAUCUACAGCUUCCUCAUCGCCGUCCGGUCGGAAGGACAGCAGCUGAUGAGUGAGUCGGGCGAGACCACCUCCCACCUGAUGGGCAUGUUCUACCGCACCCUACGCAUGGUCGACAAUGGCAUCAAACCGCUCUACGUGUUCGACGGCGCCCCGCCCAAGCUCAAGUCCGGGGAGCUGGCCAAACGGUCGGCGCGUAAGAGCGAGGCCACCGAGGCCCACGAGGAGGCCAAGGAGACGGGCACGGCGGAGGAUGUCGAGAAGUUCUCGCGGCGCACCGUGCGGGUCACCCGCGAGCACAACGCCGAGUGCAAGCGGCUACUGCAGUUGAUGGGGGUGCCCUACAUCGACGCGCCCACCGAGGCCGAGGCCCAGUGCGCCGUGCUGGCUCGCGCUGGCAAGGUCUACGCGGCCGCCUCGGAGGACAUGGAUACACUAUGCUUCGACGCCCCCAUCCUGCUACGGCACCUGACGUUCAGCGAGCAGCGCAAGGAGCCCAUCCAGGAGAUCCACCUGCCGCGGGCGUUGGAGGGGCUGGGUAUGGAUCGUUCACAGUUCAUCGACAUGUGCAUCCUUCUCGGCUGCGAUUACCUCGAACCAAUUCCCAAGGUGGGACCCAACACGGCGCUCAAACUGAUCCGGGACCACGGGUCGCUGGAGGAGGUGGUGGCGGCCAUCCAGAGCGACCCGAAGCAGAAGUACGUGCUGCCGACGGACUGGCCGUACCAGGACGCGCGGGAGCUGUUCCUCAACCCGGACGUGCGGGGGGCGGACGACCCGGCGUGCGACUUCAAAUGGACGGCGCCGGACGUCGAGGGACUGGUGACAUUCCUGGUGCAGGACAAGGGAUUCAACGAGGACCGGGUGCGCAACGGGGCGGCGCGACUCCAGAAGACCCUGACGAGCGCGCAGCAGUCGCGACUGGAAGGAUUCUUCCGGCCGGUGGCGCGGACCGACGCAGAGAAGGCAUCGCUGAAGCGCAAACACGAGGAGAAACUGCAGGCGGAGAAGAAGCGCAAGAAGGAUGAGGCCAAGGCGAAGAAGGAGGCCAAGGCGAAGCCCCGGGGGGCGGCGUAAGGAGAGGACGGACAGGCAGGACAGGCGUUGGUCUUUCUUUUUCUUUUUUAUUCUCCAUUUUUACCCUUCUAUUCCUUUUUCUCCUCGUGAUGCCCCCUCUUCCUCUCUUUCCCGUUGGAAAUUGAUAAUCUGAAUCGGGAUCCCUCUUGGCGUCAGAUUCUUCCGAGCUGGACGACCCUGCCACCCUGCCCAGCCGUCUCUAGCCGGACCCUACCAUCUACGGCAUCUUGGUCGUGUUUGAUCUUGAGUCCGUUCGUGUCUGAUACCAAUCUAUCUGGAGUGAUAUGAUCCCAUCGGGUGAAACCGGAGAUGGACCGGGUCUGGCCCCGCCGCCUCAGGCAGGACCCCGCCUCAGGCCCUCCCCGCCUCAGGCAUGACGAAACCAGUUGGCAGUCAGAAACCCUGAAUUGAGGAUCGACGACGAGGAAAAUACCUAAUAAUGAGAAUAAUGGAACAAUGGAUUCGA